AUGCUGCUCAAAUCAACAUUCAUUCUCCUUCACAAUCCAUUCAUCCAAAUUUUGGCCGCCAUGCUUGUUGGCCACAUGACGUCAACCAUCUUGCUCCGAUCUAUUUCCUGUCGUCAUCAUCUUCCUUAUUAUCCUCUUCCUCUUCCGUAUCAUAAUCCUAUUAGUCAGUUUGAUGAUCAGCUUCCGGUCAAUUUAGACCCACAACAACAGCAGCAGCAGGAUAUGUUCAUUAUGUCUAGAAUGAAAAGAAGUUUAGAUGCACUUGCUGACAACAACAACAGCAGCAACCUUUCUAAUAACAUCAACAACAACAACAACCUUUCUAAUAACAUCGUCAACAACAACAACAACAACAACCUUUCUAAUAACAUCGUCAACAACAACAACAACAACAACCUUUCUAAUAACAUCAACAACAACAACAACCGAUUAAACAUAGCUUGUUUCAUUCUAUACAACAGCAACAAGCACAAACCGAGCAAGUCGUUGUACAGGACAUGGCUGGCAGGUUGUGACGGGGGCGAAGUUGUCUACACCUUGGAUCCAACUGUGGAUAUUAAUGGAGGGGAAAGAAUUAACGGAAAGUUCAGAGGAUUAAACAACAGCGGAGGUAUGGACGUUAAAGCUGUCUAUUCAGAAGAAUGGAAAACCAAACCAGCAUCACCAUCUGGCAAAAACCACAACAACAACAACGACAACAACAACAACCAUAACAACAACUCUUCAUCAUUAACAACACUCUUAUCCCACUAUCCGACACGAUUUAGAAACUACCGUACCGAUUUUGAAACCGACAGCAAUGCCGAUAACAUGAGUUUUUUUUACGAUUACUACCUAUUCACCGGUAUCGACACCUACAUCGUUAUGGACAACUUAAGGGAAUACUUGAACAGUAGAAGUUCUAGCGAACCGCACGGAUACGGCAAUGCGAUCAUUGAAAACCGGUCGGAUACCGGCGAUAUUCGCUAUACUGUUGGCGGUUCUUUGGUUUUGAGCGCCGAAGCUGUGCGGAGAAUCGUCGGUAAUACCGACGGUUUGUGCCAUACUAAAGAGUUUCCAUCGCCACACAAACUUUUAUCAUGUCUGGCCGAGGCGGGCGGGAGCUUCAUUGACACCAGAGACACCAAGGCUAAAAAUACCUUCCUAGGUCCGUUUAGACCGUACAAGAUUAUAACAGGUGAUCUGCCGAGAGAUUACGCCGAAACUAAUAAGUACUCUCCCUCCUACUGCGAUAACGAAAACUGCCUAAGCGACUUCCCAAUCGCAUUCCACAAGGUCGACCCUUAUGAAAUAUACCUUAUUGAUUUCUUAAUUACCUGGGCCCACUUCAGCCAUUACAUAGAAGUGGAAGGAAGUUCGUUGAAGUUGAAAUUCAAUGGGAGCAAGUUGCCAAUAUCAACAACAUCGUCAUCGUCAUCAUCAGAAUGAAUGAACGAACGAAUGAAUGAAUGAAUGAAGGAAAGAAGGAAUAAAUUAAUGAAUGGAUAGAUAAAUGGAUGAAUGAAUGGAUGAAUGAUGAAAAAAUUGUAAGCAAAUGACUUGGAUUUAGCUAAUCGUUUGCUCUUGAUAAAUAAGAAAAAAAAUAAGGAUGAACAAUUUUAAGAUGAGAACAAAAUAAAAUGUACAAAAAUGCUUUAAAAAA